AUGUAAGAAAUUAACAUUGUGCCUACACAAUGGGCGCCGAAAAGAAAAAACACCCGCCGAAAAAGAAGUCGGAGAAGGAGAAAAAAAAGAGCGGUAAUAGCAAAUCGAAGAACAAUUCUUUGAAUUCCAAUCUGCCGAAGAUAUGUUUCGGCAUAGCAAUUUCCGAUCUGCUGCAUGCGUUAUAUUUUACAGUUCAAACAAUGAUUCUUCUGGUUAAACAGUUCAGCGUGUUUGCUAUGAUGGCGCUGUUGGGUGUCAUUUUCUGGGUUAUAAUGGUCAUCCUGUUGAUGGUUGGCCUUUACAAGCGCAAGCCAGUUUUCGUUAGGUAUUGGCUUAUAUUUUCCUUAGUCGGCUUUAUCACCGAUAUUCUGUUUCUACUCUGGGGCAUUGCGACCUCAAUAACUGUGGACUGGGGCCGUCUUGAAGAGUUUUCAAUAAUCUUCCUUGGAAUAUUUGUUGAAAGCACCUGCAUCUAUUUCAUACAUCGGUACUAUCAGAUUAUGGAUGAAACGAAAAAGAAAAGAACCCUUUGUUGUGGCGGUAAAAAUGAAAAGAAAAAGUCUAAAAGUCCAAAAAAGAAAAAAGGCAAAAAAUAAGAUCAUAUGCUGUAUCUUGAAACUUUAG